CAAGCCCAGCAGAGGAAAACGCAAGAGAGGAGAGAGAAAAAAAAACAAAAAACCCACAAAUCUUUCAAAAUACCUCCCUCUCUCUUUCUCUCUUCCCCGGAAAGCGUGGGUCAUUUUCCGGCCGGAUUCCGACAAGGAUGCCCGCAUCCGCGUCCAGCAACCGGCCGGAGGAGCUGAUCUCGAUACUGAGCUCAGCUGAGAGUGGCGGCGCGAGGCUGAAAGCCCUACGCGAGGUCAAGAACCAGAUCAUCGGCAAUCGGACGAAGAAGUUGUCCUACAUCAAGCUCGGAGCUGUCCCCAGAGUCGUCGAUAUCCUUUCUUCGUCCGGAGACUCUGACUCUGGCCUGCUUGUCCAAUCCGCUGCUGCGCUUGGCAGCUUCGCCUGCGGUGUUGACGCUGGUGUCAGUGCUGUGCUCGACGCUGGCGCAUUCCCACAUCUCAUCAGAAUCCUCUCCAAUCCUGACGACAAGGUUGUGGAUGCAGGUGCACGUUCUUUAAGGAUGAUUUUUCAAUCCAAGCUGGCCCCGAAAUAUGAUGUCCUUAAAGAGAAAAACAUGGAGUUCAUUCUUUCACUAUUGAAUAGUGAGAAUGAAAAUGUGACAGAACUUGCUGCAAGUAUCAUAACACACUCUUGUGAGACGACUGCAGAGCAAAAGGCGCUGUGUGAUUCUGGGGUUCUACAGAGGCUUAAUAGUCUACUUGAAGGUUCUUUAAAUCAAAGGGAUGCGAGUUUAGAUUCUCUAGCAGCAAUUUUCAAAAACAACCCAGAAGUUGUCUCGAAGUUUCUGGGCCUCGACAAUGGCAGAGCCUUGAGGGCUGUAACUGAGUUAAUGAAGGAUAGGAAUCCAAGGACAAGAUUGCUUGCCUGCGUAUGCUUGAUAAUUAUAGGGCAUGCUUCUCAAUGCCAUCUGCAAGAGCUAGAAAUCAGAACCAAGUUGAUACUGAUCCUACUUGAGCUUUUGGAAGAAUCGGGUCGAGCUGGUGAUGAGGCUCCAUUUGCGCUUGCAAAUUUCAUUGCAAACAAGGAGGAUUUACAGAAACUAGCAUCUGGCGCCAAAGCUGUUGAAAAACUUUGCAACUUCUUGCUUAAAGGUUCAUUACAGGCCAAACGCCUUCAAGGUGUAUUGCUUGCAUUAGCUGAACUAUGCUCAAAAUUGGAAAGUUGCAGGAGUCGGUUCCUCUCGUUGCAGGUGUUGAACUUAGUAAUCGAUGCACUAAAGCAUGACUGUGCUGAAGUACGUAUUGCAGCGUGCACCUGUAUAAAAAGUAUUUCUCGGUCAGUUAAGAAUCUGAGUGCAGGUCGCUUUACGAAUGAAAUGAUUGUCGUUCCUUUGAUCCAGCUUUUACAUGACCCAUCUACUUCAGUCCAGGUUGCAGCCCUUGGUGCUAUCAGCAAUAUUGUGAUCGACUUUACUACUCGUAAAUCGUUCUUCAUCCAGUUUGGAGCUGUUAAACAGUUUGCUCAGUUAUCCAAAUCAAUGGAUUCAAAUCUCAGGUUGCAUGCUGUAUGGGCUUUGAGGAACUUGAUCUUCCUUGCUGACAGAGUGAGCAAAAAAUGCAUUGUUCUGGAAUUGACAAUAUCAACAUUAGCAAGCCUGAUUGGUGACCCAGAGCCUCCCAUCCAAGAACAAGCCAUGGCACUUGUCCGUAAUCUUGUUGAUGGAGGCAUCGAUUCAAUUGAGCAUAUUUUUGCAGAAGAUGGUAUAAUUAUAAAUGCUGUUUCAAAGCAAGUGUGGAGUGCUACUAAAUCAGAAGUCUGCAUUCAGGGAAUGUAUGUGCUCAGCAAUGUUGCGACUGGGAAUGAGUUCCAUAAAGAAGCGGUGAUGCACCACCUCCUUCCACCUCAAGCAGGUGGAUGUGCUCCAUCUGUUAUACUUAGGUUUUUGCAGGAUAACGACAGCCAGCUACGAACAGCUGCCAUUUGGUGCAUCGUGAAUCUUACUUACCCGGACAGUCUCAGUGCAUCCGAUCGUGUCAUGAGACUAAGAAGUGCUGGCGUAGUUUCUCAAAUAAAACACAUGGUCAAUGAUCCUUGCUUGGAUGUAAAGUUUCGAGUAAGAACUGCCCUUGAACAGUGCAUGACCUUUGGGAACGGCUCUGUAGGAUACUUUGUUUUCCAGAAAUCAUGACCAAAGCAUUUGGUUUUAUUGAUCGAGGAGAUAGUCAGAUGCGUUGCACUGCUGCACUGCUUCGGAUCAUUUUAUUGCAAGAUGACCAAGACGUUGCUGGCCAAAAUGGUAAAAUCUUUACUUCUGAAGGAGUUUCUGCAAUGACAUCUUCAUAUUCAAUUCUGCUUAUGCUUUUCCAGCCAUGGGAUGCUGGUUCAAAUAGCGAUCAGUCGGGAAGCCCAGCCUUCUUUCUGUUGAGUUCCAGAAUGGGUUGUCGUUGAAAUGCGGGUCCUAUUUUUUGUUUCUUUUUUUGCGUGUCAGAGCUCGGCACGAUGUAGAUUUUCUGAAUCAGUCCCUCCAACUGCCUUGGAAGCAGUUUUGUAUCUUAGAAUAAUGAACCCUUGUGUAGAUGCGAACAUUCGCUCACUUCUUCACUUCUGCACAACACAUACUUCAUAAAGAUCAUUUCAGGCUGA